AUGGAUCCACACAGCCCUAUUGUUUUAGAUCAAGGUACCGGUUUUGUUAAGAUCGGUAGAGCCGGAGAGAACUUCCCUGAUUUCACAUUCCCAUCCAUCGUCGGGAGACCCAUUUUAAGAGCUGAAGAACGUGCCAUUGCUAAUACCCCCUUAAAGGAUAUUAUGAUUGGUGAUGAGGCUAGUGAAGUACGUUCAUAUUUACAAAUUUCAUAUCCGAUGGAGAAUGGUAUCAUUAAGAAUUGGACCGAUAUGGAAUUGCUAUGGGAUUAUGCUUUCUAUAAUCAAAUGAAAUUACCAACUACUAGUAACGGGAAAAUUCUUCUAACAGAACCACCUAUGAACCCUUUGAAAAAUAGAGAAAAGAUGUGUGAAGUUAUGUUUGAAAAAUACGAUUUUGGUGGAGUUUACGUGGCGAUCCAGGCAGUGCUAGCUUUAUAUGCUCAAGGUUUGUCCUCUGGUGUCGUUGUUGAUUCAGGGGAUGGUGUUACGCAUAUUGUUCCAGUUUAUGAAUCGGUUGUGUUGAAUCACUUGACCAGAAGACUUGACGUCGCUGGUAGAGACGUCACCAGACACAUGAUUGAUCUUUUGUCACGUCGUGGGUAUACCUUCAAUCGUACAGCAGAUUUCGAAACUGUGCGCCAAAUUAAAGAGAAGGUAUGUUACGUAUCGUAUGAUUUAGAUCUUGAUACUAAACUAGCUCGUGAGACUACAACUUUGGUUGAGGAUUAUGAAUUACCUGACGGUAGAAUUAUUAAAGUAGGACAAGAAAGAUUUGAGGCUCCUGAAUGUUUGUUCCAACCAAAUUUGGUUGAUGUCGAACAAGCUGGUGUAGGAGAAUUAUUAUUCAACACCAUCCAAUCUGCAGAUGUCGAUGUGAGAUCUUCCUUGUACAAAGCCAUUGUUUUGUCAGGUGGUUCAAGUAUGUACCCAGGGUUACCUUCAAGAUUAGAAAAAGAAUUGAAGCAACUAUGGUACACCAGAGUAUUACACAAUGAUCCUUCAAGGCUUGAUAAAUUCAAAGUGAGAAUCGAGGAUCCUCCAAGAAGAAAGCAUAUGGUGUUUAUUGGUGGUGCCGUGUUAGCUAGUAUUAUGGCUGAUAAGGAUCACAUGUGGCUAUCUAAACAAGAAUGGCAAGAAGGUGGUGCGCAAUCUAUGGCUAAAUUCGGUCCAAGGUAA